GCACGCCGCGCACCAGUCUCCCGGCACAGAGCGCGCCCUCACGUACUGCCAGUGUCGAGUGAUUUUUUUUUUCCGUCUCCACACACCAAAACACUGUUAAUUAUUUUAUUUAUUAUAUGAUUUUUAUUAUUCGUCUUUCGGUUUUCGCGUAACGUCGUCGUCGUUUCAAUCGAUAUUUUUGUACUCGCAAUCGUUUAACGUUUAAUUAAUAAUCGUUUUAAUUAGUAUUAUUACUAGUAUUAAUAUUAUCGGGUAUUUUUAUUUUUUAUUUUUUUUUAAUCCCGUUCGAUAUUGUUGUGCGAUCGCUCUCGUUCUACGCUUGUGUUCGGAUUCACACCAUCGUCGUAAAUUUUCGACGCUCGUGCACUCGCGUCUCGCCGUCGUCCGUCCGUUCGUAAACGCGAGCGCGCGCGCUCUCCGGCACAACCGUUUGCUCCGAGUGAUUUUCGAUAUACAACAAGUGUGUUUGAAUGUGUCCAAACCGACCGGGAGUGACCCGAGUGUACGCCGUUUUUUUUUUAACUCUCACUCAAAGGAUAGCAGAAUUUCCAUUUCGGAUGUCCGAACGACAUGUUUAGAGAUUGCGGUGUGAGCGGGGCAUGUCAAGGCAGUGGUGCGAAUACAUUGGUGAUGAUUGAUAACCAGAGAUGCCGUCACCGAUACCAGUACAAUCGUCGUCGCCAACAGGCGGAGGCCUACUAGUGGACCGUGCCGCCGGAUGGACAGCGGACACCACCGCACCGCCGGAGACGACUAGCGCAGCGCAUAACGCCGAGGCGGCUGUUGCGGUGGCCACCAACGCCACCAGCACCACCACCACCGGUAGCAUCAACACCAAGAGCAGCUCUAGCAGCAGCAGCACCGCGGCCGUCAUGAGCCCGGAGGAGGAGCAGUCCAGCUCGCCGGUGACGGGCGUGAUUGCGGGACGGGACGAGGAGGAACGCCGGUUGACGUCGCCGCCGUCCGGCAGCAAGUUCGACUCGGUGGCCAGCAAGCCGGAUACCACCGAGUCCGAAUCGUGGGCGAACAGUAGCGAUGUGGAGAAGUUCGACGGCAAGAUCGUGUACAACCCGGACGGGUCCGCGUACAUAAUCGAGGACAACAGCGAGCUGAGCGAGGAGGACGGCGGCGGCGGCGUGGACCUGCCCUCGGAGCUGUUAGGUUCCGGGAGUAUCGUCGACGGCCGAGGCGUGAACCUGUCGCAGGCCGAGGUGUUCCCGCAGAUAGCCAACGCGUUCUACGUGUCCCGCGGUGGCGGCGGUGGCGACCACCAUCUGUACGACCAGCAGCAGCACACCGACGCCGCGCCCGCCGCCGCGGCCCUCAACAGGGUGUUCCAAGACAAGAAGAUAGUUCCUGAAGUGCCUGUGAUGCACAGUUACAGGGUGUACUCGGUCCGCGACAACAAGACAGGCGGUGGCAUGAACGAUAACCGGUCGUCUCAGCAACAGCAGCAGCAGCAGCACCACCACCAGCAGCAGUCCAAAGACUGUUCCACGGUACCGGUCAAACCGAUAUUGAUGUGUUUCAUAUGUAAACUGUCGUUCGGGUACGCGAAAUCGUUCGUGGCACACGCCACCGGUGAACACGGCGUGACGCUGCAGGAGGACGAGUACAACAUACUCGGGCACAAGAACGCGUCGGCCAUUAUACAGUGCGUGGGAAAGGAGAAGGAACCGCUGGUGUCGUUCCUCGAGCCCCUGGCCCUGUCGUCCAACAAUAAAGCUCAUCAUCACGCUCGGGUCGCGUCGUCCCCGUCGUCGUCGAGCGCUCACAAAGUUCCUAAUGCCUAUAUAAAUGACGGUAAUCGUUCCUGUUCCUCGUCCUCCGACGGCGGUGGCGACCACCAGAAGAGCUGCCCGGAAAGUCUGGUGGUGCACAGGCGCAACGCCACGCCGCCCACCUGUUCUCCAAGCGUCAACACAGUUCCUGAGACGUCCGUCUCCCUACCUCAAUCCGGUAGUCCUAGAAGUAAUGUUAAUAACUCGUUUAGCUUAAGUAAAAACAACAACAAUUGCGGUAACAACAAAGCUGCGGCGACCGGUGCUCCUUCCGCCGCCGCCGCCGGCAGGUCCAAUGUGUACGAUUGCAUCAUGGACCUGACCAGGAAGAGUCCCAUAUCCGCGUUGGCCGUGUCGUCCGGCACGUCGGCCCGGAGCAACAGCGCGUCUCCGGGCGCGAGCCCGUCGCCGGGCACCACGCUCAGCCCGCAGCUCAUGUCUGGUGGCGCGCCGCUGUCGUACCCACAGCCGCCGCCCAACUUCAUGACCGGCACCACGAUCGGCGUGUGCCCGGAUCACAUGAACGGCCGGCCCAGCGGCGUGGACUGCGCCCGGUGCGAGCUCAUACUGAACUCGUCCAGGCUGGGCGGCGUAGGCGGCUCGCUGGUCGGUAUGCACUCCAGAAACUCGUGCAAAACACUAAAGUGCCCGAAAUGCAACUGGCACUACAAGUACCAGGAAACGUUGGAGAUACACAUGAAGGAGAAACACCCGGAGUCUGAGACGUCGUGCGUGUACUGCAUCGCCGGGCAGCCGCACCCCCGGUUGGCCCGCGGCGAGACGUACACGUGCGGCUACAAACCGUACCGAUGCGAGGUGUGCAACUACUCAACCACCACCAAGGGCAAUCUUAGCAUUCACAUGCAGUCGGACAAGCAUUUGAACAACAUGCAGGAGCUGCAGAACGGCGGCGGCGUGGCCGGCACCGAGAUGCAGAGGCACCAGGCGUCGUCGCCGUCGCAGCACUCGAAGCAGCAACAACAGCAGCAGCAGCAGCAGUCGGUCAUGAGCCCGGGGUCGACGAGCGGCCAGCAUCCGGCCAUGGGCGGUCCGAUGAUCAACCAGAAGCCCAAACCCACAUUCCGGUGCGAGGUGUGCAACUAUGAGACGAACGUGGCCCGCAACUUGCGCAUACACAUGACCAGCGAAAAGCACACGCACAACAUCAUGGUGCUGCAGCAGAGCGUCAAGCACAUGCAGACGUUGAACGCGCUGCAGACGCACCAUCAGCAGCAGAUGAACUUCGAGUCUCUUAUGCACUUCCACCCGGGGCUGACGUUGCCCGGUGACAAGCCGCCGCCGCACACGGAGGCCGCGCUCGCCGACAUGGCGUACAACCAGGCACUGCUCAUUCAGAUGAUGACCGGUGGACAGAUGCCGCCGCACUUCGCGGGUGACGUAUCGCCGCACGUGGACACCGACAUCGGGCUGAACCCGGAGACCAUGGAACCACCGCCUGAGCCGGUGGACAAAAACCCGAACUCGAUGUUCCAGUGCAGCACAUGCAGCACGUUCGUAUCGGACUCGCUGGAGGCGCUGUCGCAUCACCUGUCCGCUGACCGGACCAAGGUGCGCGAGCAAGAGAUACUCACCGUGGUGGCCGGCAACUACAUCUGCAACCUGUGCACGUACAAGACGAACCUGAAGGCCAACUUUCAGCUGCACUGCAAGACGGACAAGCAUCUGCAGCGGCUGCAGCACGUGAACCACGUGAAGGAGGGUGGGCCACAAAACGAGUGGAAGCUUAAGUACAUGUCGUCGCCGGGCGGCGUGCAAGUCCGGUGCAACGCGUGCGACUACUACACUAACAGCACUCACAAGCUGCAGCUCCACUGCGCCGGUCAGCGACACGAGGCCGCGUCCCUGUUGUUCCGGUACCUGCGGGACAACAGCGACGGCGACGGUUCCGUUUACCACUGUCUGCUAUGCGAGUUCUCCGCCGGCGAUAAGUUGCCAUUGCUGCAGCACGUCCGGACCGUGAAGCACAUGCAGAUGGAACAAUUGCACCAGAUGCAGAGGCGGUCCGACGGCAAGGACAUACAGACCGACAUCAACAUGGUGUUCCAAGUGACCAGCGCUCCGCAGCAGUCCGUGGACAGCGACCAAGAACAAGAUCGCGAAAAUAAAGGAGACAACGAGAGUCAAAAUAUUUCUAUGGACGCGAUGAAAGCCGAAAGUUCCGAACAAUUCGAACUAGAUUCCAAUCGUAACUCACCGAAAAUGAUCGAAGGUCAAGAACAAUCGACCGACCAAAAUAAAAACAAACUUUACUGUCCGCUUUGCCAAGACGUUUUCGUAGACAUAAACAUUUUCGAAAAACAUCUGAUGAACAUUCACUCAGUCAACUCUGAAGGCCUACAACGGCUGUUGAGCUUAGUUAAUCAAUCGCAUUGGUUGAACUCCUCGAAGUCGUCGCAACAGAGUCCGCCUCACACGUUGACCAGUCCACCGUCACCGGAUUUGGACAAAUCGAACGAGAAACCCGACGAAAUCCAAGAGCAAGAUAUCGACGAAUACAGAUGCCCGACUUGUCAAAAAGUGUGCAAGAAUAUUGACGACUUGUGCCAACAUCAGAACGACACCGGUCACGUGGAAAUCAAACAGACGCCCAACGGACCGGGAUACUUGUGCUGGAAGAAGGGCUGCAAUCUUUACUUCACCACGGUUCAGAACUUGCACAUUCACUUCCGCGAAGUUCAUGCCGGACAACAAAAUAUUCUCGUGUCCGAAAAACACGUUUACAAAUACAGAUGCAACCAGUGCAGUUUGGCGUUCAAAACGUUGGAGAAACUGCAAGCGCACUCGCAGUACCACGCCAUUAGAGACUUGACCAAAUGCGUUUUGUGCAGACGUAGUUUCCGCACGGUCGCGACGUUCCAAAAGCACUUGCAGACCGCCCAUCCGGAUCUGGCGCAGGCUGACCUGGAGGCGCUAAAACAGAAUUCAAUGCUCCAAUUCGAGCAGUCGACCGACGAAAAAAUGGAAAUCGACGAGUCCGUGGACGACGAAGAGGAAAAAGACGAAGAGCCCGAGUGCGACAACAGUGACGAUUCGAUCGCGUUCAAACAGCAGCAGUUGAUCGAGGACUACAUGAACGGGCAGACGCUCGCUGAGGACGGUUACAACGAUUCCGAGAGAAAAUACAAGUGUCACCGCUGCAAAGUGGCGUUCACCAACCAGAAGUACCUUACUCACCACAACAAGACGCUGUUGCACCGCAAAGGCGAGAAACAAACGUACCCGAUGGAGAAGUACCUGGACCCCAACCGGCCGUUCAAAUGCGAAGUGUGCAAAGAGUCGUUCACGCAGAAAAACAUAUUGCUGGUGCACUACAACUCGGUGCUCCAUCUGCACAAGUUGAAGCGUUCCAUGCAGGAACAACAACAGCAGCUGAACAACAACAACACGCCGAUCGUCUCCAACAACUCGUCGUUCGUGGCCGUCAACGCGGCGUCCAAGACUUCGGGCUCAACGUCAGAGGACGAUGACAAAAAACCGUACAAGUGCAACAUUUGUAAAGUCGCGUACACCCAAGGGUCCACGCUGGACAUUCACAUGCGGUCCGUGUUGCACCAGACCAGAGCUUCGAAACUCCAUGACCUCGCGUUAGCCGGACAAGUGGAUCUGACCAAACCGAUAAUCGAACAACCCGAGCAGGGCAGCCGUCCGCCGUCCCAGAACCGACAGGACGCCGAGAGCCAAGCGUCGGCCGGCAGUGGAAAGGACGAGCCGCCGCAACAACAACAACAACAACAACAACAACAACAACAACCACCACAGCAACAACAACAACAGUUGCUACAACAACCGCAACAACACUUGAAGGGCAAUCAGUUGAGCUGUCAACGGUGCAACGCGUUGUUCUCGAACCAAGAACAGCUCAAUACGCAUCAGCAGCUGUACUGCAUGUUCGGCACGCCGAUGAAUAUGUUGCCGAUCAACCCGGCGCUGGCGUUCGCUGCGAACAAUCUGACCGGUGCUGCUCAAGGACCGAAGUCUCCGUCGCAACAAUUGACGUUGACCGAAGAACAGCUGCUGAAGGUGCCGUUGUCGCUGCAGGGCAAGAAGCACUCGCACAUGUACAAGCUGUUGGAGAGUUACGGGUUCGACCUGGUGAUGCAGUUCAACGAAAACCACCAGAAGCGUAAAGAGAACGAGAAAUUGUUGCAAGAACUGACCGCUCAAAUGGAAAUGGAACAGGCCAACGCCGUAAAAGAGGAGAUCACCGAAAUCAACGAGGAGGAGACCAGUGACCUGCCCGAGGUGGCCAAGUCCACGUGCGUCCACUGCAACAAAGAGUUCUCCAGCGUUUGGGUGUUGAAAGCCCACUGCGAGGAGGUGCACAAAGACCUGGUGCCGUUCGAUUUCCUCGAGAAGUACGCCAAGCAGAUCAAAUGUGAGAUCGAGAAGAAGGGCAACGAUCCGGCGACGACGACUGUCGCGUCGUCGACGUCGGUGUCCACGACCACGACGCCGAUGACCAGGAUCAACUCGCCUGCCGAGGACGUGUCCGUGAAGACCGAGAACGACCAGGACAUGGAGACGCAAGGAGAGAACUCGGAUUACAUGUCGAACACGGCCACGUCGUCGACCGGUGAACCGUCCAACGCGAACAUGUCCGGAGUGCCGCCAAAUAUCCCGCUGUCGGUUGCUCAACACCUGAACGAAAUGCAAGCCGCGUUCAACGCGAUGGCCGCGUCGCAACUCACUCAACAGUUGCAGCAGUUCAAUCCCAUGAUGGUGGCCAGCAUGGCCGGUCUGGGAAUGGGCUUACCUUUGGGCCUCAACAUGCAAGCGCUGGCCGCUAUGAACCUUCAACCCCCGUUGGUGCCGAUGAUGAUGCCACCGCCGAAUUUCGAGUCCAUUAUGGGCUCCCAGCAAAACGCGAUUUUUCAACAGCAGCCUUCCGGCCUGGACCCAAAUGGAAUCUUAGCUAAACAACAACAAUUACUCCAACAGCAACAGCAAGUACAACAGAAUUCGCAACAAAAACGAGCGAGGACACGCAUCACUGAUGAUCAAUUGAAAAUCCUACGUGCUCACUUUGACAUCAACAAUUCUCCGUCUGAAGAUCAGAUACAAGAAAUGGCCAGCCAAAGUGGUCUUCCGCCCAAAGUCAUCAAACACUGGUUUAGAAAUACUUUGUUCAAAGAAAGACAGAGAAACAAAGAUUCUCCGUACAAUUUCAAUAACCCGCCGUCGACUACAUUGAACUUGGAAGAAUACGAGAAAACUGGCGAGGCAAAAGUAAUGCCGCUCGCACAACCGAUUGUCGAAAGUACCGAAAUCAUUGUUAAGGAAGCACCAAAAACGCCGACGUUUACAAAAAAGAAACCGCUCCAGACUAGUACGCCGAACAACACCACCACCACUGUUGUCCGAGCUCAGAGCCAAACCCCCACGUUUCCACAACAAACAUUUGCUCAAAACUUUUCUAGACCGUUCACCGCACAACCAUUGGAGUCUCCUAUCAAGAUGGAGGCACAAGUUAAACCCGAACUCAAAGACGCCGAGACAAGUCAGUCCGAGUCGAAAUUUCCAUGGGGUAACCCUGAGUCUCCUUCCAAACGCAGAGACUCAGUAGAAGAAAAACAAAACCUCUAUCUGCAUCACGACAGAGUAUCUCCGUUAGACUUGAACGCGGCCGAAAACUUGACCCUUUCAUCUAUUCUCACAUCCCAGCACCAAGAAUUGAACAUGACGAAUGCGAUUUCCACGAGUAACAUGCUACCGCCGAAAUUGUCCGCGGCCAGUUUUACGUCGCCUCCACAAAUGUCUGUCACCACCCAAUCUGGCCCGCGGAGCAUUAGCCCGGGUAGAUCGCCGAAUUCGUCCGACGGGUUUCCGCACUCAAUCAUGAUGAACCAGAGCAGCGGUGGUUCCGGUGGUUCCACUUCGUCGGGCAAACGAGCCAACCGAACUCGAUUUACCGACUGUCAGAUUAAAGUAUUACAAGAAUUCUUCGAAAACAACGCUUAUCCGAAAGACGACGAUCUCGAGUACCUAUCGAAAUUACUUAAUCUCAGCCCAAGAGUGAUAGUCGUGUGGUUCCAAAACGCUAGACAAAAGGCUAGAAAAGUUUACGAAAACCAACCAGCCGUAGAACCAGCACCAGGUAUUGUUGAAGAGGGAUCUAAUAGAUUUCAAAGGACACCCGGUCUGAACUAUCAGUGUAAUAAAUGCCUGUUAGUGUUCCAGAGAUAUUACGAACUCAUAAGACAUCAAAAGACACAUUGCUUCAAAGAGGAGGACGCCAAGAGAUCGGCACAAGCCCAGGCGGCUGCCGCCCAUAUAGCGGCUGCGCUCAGUUCGGAAGAUUCCAACUCGAGCACGGUAGAAAACCAUCAAGGACAAAGUGCCAACUCCAAUCCGAUGACUCCGACACCCACUCCGACUUCGACGUAUCCAACGUCGCCAUUACAAACAUCUUCGUCGCACGACAAAGAAAACGUGUACAACUGCGAUCACUGCAACUCGGUGUUUACAAAACUCGACCAAUGGAAAGAACACCAACAGGUGCAUUUGAUGAACCCUAAUUUAUUUCCCACAUACCACCCGGAAAGUGCUUUUGGCAUUUUGCAACAGCAAGCACAACUACAUCAACAGCAACAACAGCAGCAGCAACAACAACAACAACAGCAGCAGCAACAGCAACAGCUUCAACAACAACAGUCUCAAUUACAACAAAUAAGCGGUACGUCCGAAAUGAACCCCAAUCCUACGUCACUGAUAUUGUCGAUGAUGCAACAGAACAACAAGAGGUCGUUUGACGAGUUCGACGAUCAGAGCGACAAGGAAACGGAGUUCACAAAGGACAAGCGCUUGAGGACUACUAUUUUACCGGAACAGUUGGAUUACUUGUACCAAAAGUACCAGAUCGAAAGCAAUCCGUCUAGGAAAAUGUUGGAGAGCAUCGCGCAAGAAGUGGGCUUGAAAAAGCGCGUCGUACAGGUUUGGUUCCAGAACACCCGGGCCAGAGAACGCAAAGGGCAGUUCAGAGCGCACUCGCAAGCAAUCAACAAGAGGUGUCCGUUCUGUUCGGCCAUUUUCAAAAUAAAAUCGGCGCUCGAAUCGCACUUGCAGACCAAACACCCGGAACAGUGUUCCAGGGGAUACAUCAACGUGGACAACAUCCCGGACGAGGACGUCAGCAUGGACUCGUUCGCGUCGUCGCAGAUGAGCGAGAUCGGCCAGAAAAACCAGACGUACGCGCCCAACCUGUAUUACCAAAACGUGGAGGACGUGGAAAACCUGGGUAAAAUGUACCAGGAAUCACUGAAGAGAUAUAUGGAAGAGAUGCAACAGUCGAGUUUGCAAAACGGUGGCGGCGGCCUAGCCGAGGGCGGUGGCGCCGAGAAGACCAAACCGGAGGGUGAAAGCCCGUUGGACCUAAGCAAACCGGUGGACCUGCGCAUGGACAAUGAGCAGGACGACGACGAGGACAGCAUGUCCGAGUGCACGGACAUCAUGGACGACGAGAGUCCGGCGUCACCGGCGUCGAGUACGCAAAGCGGCCAGCAGAGGGCUAGCGCACCGGGCGGCAGCAGCAAUAGCCAGAACAACAAGCGGUACCGCACGCAGAUGAGUAACGUACAGGUGAAGGUGAUGAAAGCGCUGUUCGACGACUACAAGACGCCGACGAUGGGCGAGUGCGAAAUGCUGGGCCGGGAGAUCGGGUUGGCGAAGCGCGUAGUCCAGGUGUGGUUCCAGAACGCCAGGGCCAAGGAGAAGAAGUACAAGGCGCAGACGAAGCAGAACCAAGAGCUGACAGGACCGCCGGACGAGUGCAAGUACUGUCGGUUCAAGUACACGCACAAGUACUCCGUCCAAGAUCACAUAUUCACCAGCCGACACAUAGCCCUGGUCAAGCAGCACGUGGAGAGCCGCAUGUCAGUGUCCGACAUGUCGGGCAACUGCAGCGACAGCGACUUCACGGUGCCGCCCACGCCGGGCGACCCGCACAACAACAAUUUGCCCAACCAACAAGUCAAUCAGCUGCAGAUGCUCCAGUUGGCCGGGCUCAUCGGACAGUCGCCGGUGGCGCAGGCCGUGGCGAUGGCCACCAUAGCCAAGCUGGACGGCAAGGACCAGUCGCAGAUGACCGCGGAGGAGCUAGCCCUGUUGCCGCACUUGUACAACCUGGGCGUCAGUUUCCAGCAAGGGUUUAUGCACCCGGGCACGGCCAUGAUGACGUCGCCAGCGGGCGCUUCCAACACCUCGGCCACAACCAAUGGGAUGCGAGCGGCGAGCGAACAGCACCGUAACGUGGCGACGGCCACCGCGACCGGCAAUACCGGAAUCAAUAACAACAGCAACAGCAACAACACGUCCACCGGCACCAUGACGGCGGCGGCGGGCGCGCAGGAACAGCAGCAGACGGGCUCGGGCACUCCUGUGCGCAUGCUGCAGCUGGACCAAUCGGUGAUACAGGCGAUCGCGGACCGGUGCCGGACGGUGCGACCGGACCAGACGGCCGUGGUCGAAGUGGCGGCCACCGCACCGCCGUCCGAGCUGCCGGCCGAGGGGUACGCCAUCGACGGCGGCCGGACGGUCGGGCACGCGUGCGCCAAGUGUCAGCUGGCGUUCCCGGACAACGGUGGCCUGGCCUUGCACCAGCAGCGCGAGUGCCGCACCACCGGGUCCGUGGCGCUGGCCCACCCGGCGUACGGGUGCCGGUCGUGCGGCGUGGGAGCCAACGGCGAGACCAAUACUUACGGCACCGUGCACGCUUUGCGCGCUCACAUCGAGACCGCUCACCGCAACGCCGGCGGCCACUACGCGACGGCCGGUCGUCACCAACAGCAGCACCAACAGCUGCUGCACCAACAGCACCAGCAGCAGCAGCAUCAGCAACUUCUGCUGCCGCCGCCCAACCUGUCGGACGAGAUGGAGGACGUGGUGAACCAGAUUACCGCGCUGGCCGCGGCCAAAGCGGUGGGUCGGAGUCCGUCGCCGCGCGACCCCAACAGCGACUCGAACGCCAAUCUGUUUUGCGCGCCGGCCGCAGACAAAAAGUCCGGCGCAGCCGCGGCCACCGCCAAGAUGCACAACAAGUUCACCGUGCCGCCCGCCAACGUGGCGCCAGCCGUACCCAGUGGCGGCCAAUAAUACUACCCUUCACCCCCAACGAGUUCAACGACCGCCCGCAGUAGUGUGCCCGUCGUCCGGGCGGUGGUCCACUGCGGUUCUUAACCACCCCCACCCGCCGAUCGUGCGAUGACAAUAUUAUGUUCGCGUGUGCGUGUAUGUAUCCUAUUAUCAUCAUUAUUAUUAUUAUUAUUACGAUUAUUAUUAUUACUACUAAUUAUACUUUUACGGUGUAUAACUAACCCAAAGUUCCUUUUUCACACACUGAUGUUCCUGGGGAGAGGAUUUUCGUUUAGUUUUCUUUUUUGGUUUUUCGAUUUUUUUUUCUGUUGCGAUUUCCCCGCACACACUCACUAUCAUAUAAAUACGUCGCGCGUGUGUGCAGUGCGUAUUAUAUUAUAUUUCACACGGCACUUUGAAAACCUUUUUGUUCGUCGCGUUCGUUUUUCGCCUCUCCUCGUUUUUACGUGCGUCUCGACCGUAUUGUUGUACGAUCAACGGCGAAAAAAAAAGAAGAAAAUCUCGAUUUCUCGGUUUUCCUUUUUUUCCCCCCUCGUCCCCUUAUUAUCUCAAAAAGGUACGUAGUUCCUCGUAUUAAGAAAAUCACUUACGAUUUAUACGAAAAGAAAUAAUUAUUUAUGUGUGUAUAAAAAAAAAAAAAAUACGAUAACUGAAAGUUCCUUUACGCUACUUGUUUGUUUGUUUUAUUAUUAUUAUUAUUACGAUUAUUAGUAUUAUAGGUUUUUUUUCAUUAUUUUUUAUUGACGCCGUUAAAAAAAAAAAUGUAAUACGCGCGGUUUUUUGGAAACCAAUACCUAAUACAAUUUAACGAAAACGUACUAUAAAAACGUAACGAGUUAUGAAAUUAUAUAAAAUUUAGCGCAAUCAUUUACGGUCGCUUAGUAUUCCGUAGUACAUGUUUAGAUUAUAUACAUAUAUACAUAUUUAUAUAUAUAUAUAGGUUUGUGUAAAUACGAAAAGAGAGUAUGGAGAGAUAAAUAAAAACCGAAAAUCAUCAUUAGGUGUUAAGUAUGUAAUGCAUUUCUACAAUUAUUAUUAUUAUUAUUAUUAUUAUUACUAUACGUUUUAGGUAGGUAAUUUUAUUUAACGAAUAUAUUUAUUAUAUUCAAAUUAUUAUUGAUAUUAAGUCAAGUAACAAACACCUCGCUAUAAUUGUGCUGUAAU